CUGCUGUUGUUGACACAGCGGUGGGAAGGGGCAGCUUGUUACAGCUGUUACGAGUCGGUUUCACUGAGGACACUAAUCCACGUUGUGAGAUUAAAGAUCUUAAGUAACCACGCAGAGCUGAUAGUAGCUGCGGCUGCAGGCGUGGAUGGGGGGAAACAGCCCGAGUCACUUCUCUCAUGAGGAUGGUGAAGGAGGCGGAGGAGUUACUUUUGUGAAGGGCAUUCGGCUGUCGGACAAAGUCAUCAACCGGAUGAGACAGUCUCCAAAGGUCCUCGGUCCUCGGCUCUCACAGAAUGGAAGUCCUCCUCCACCCACUCCAGUUCCCGCCCCCUCUGGCGAACACUUAAUACCUCUUCUGACACCUCCUCCAUUCAUCCCCCCUCCACCUCCUCCUCAGGAGGCCCCCUCCAAACCUCCAUCAGUGGCACCUCCUGUAAAACUCAUCCCUCCUCCUCCUGUUAAGUUUCAUUCCCUUCCCCCGCCUCCACCUGCAGAGCCAAAAACUCCACCUCUAACCGACCCUGUUGUCUCAGCCCCUCUUCCACCUCCACCUCCUCCUCUUCAGGAAGCCCCAUCCACGCCUCCGUCAGUGGAACCUCCUCCUCCUGUAAAGUUUCACUCCCUUCCUCCUACCUCUCUGGAGCCUGCAGCCCCACCAAAAACUCCACCUGUGACUGACCUUGUUGUCUCAGCCCCGCCUCCACCUCUGUCUACACCUUCUCCACAAGUAGAAUCACCUGUGGAGCUUGAAUCUCCUCCUCCUGCCCCACCUGCUGUAGUGGAGCCAGUAGUCCUACCUCCUGUUGAAUCCUUUAUCCCACCUCAUGUAGAGCCAGAAACCCUGUCUACACCACUGAUAGCUGAACUCAUCGUUGAACCUGUUGUCUUACCUCCACCUGUGGAGUCCUCUACAGCAGCUGUAGCUCCACCUGAACCUCUAGUUUCAUCUCUGCCCUCUGAACUUGUGAAACCAACAACUGCAACUACUAUUGAAGCUGCUGCUGUAGUUCCCUCUGUUGAACCUCUUGAAUCUGUUGUCCUGUUGGCGCCACUAGUGGAAACGAUGCAGCCUCCACCCACUGUUGAAUCUACACCAGUUGAACCAAUAAUCCCACCCUGUCCUGGUGAAGCAGUAGUUUUACCUCGGCAAGUGGAGCCCACUCUUGUUGAGCCUGUAGUCCCACCUGCUGCAGUUGAAGAAGUGCCUCCAAUCGUGGCUCCAGCUGUGAAUGCACCACCUCCAUGUGAACCGGUUCCACCUCCACCUUCUCCAGAGGCUGUGGCAGCACCCUCUCCUGCUCCAGAGCUCACAUUUGAAGAGCCCUCCCCGCCCUGUCACUGUGUGGAGCUGGCCGUCGUGCCAACUGAUGCACCUGUAAGUGAACCCCUCGUAGAGCCUCUAGCACCACCUCCACCUGAUCCAGCUCCACCUGCUGAGGAGCCAACCAUGACCACGUCUUUGCCCCCUGUUAUUGAGGAUGAAGAACCUGCUGUCACCUCAGUGCCACAACCUGCAGCAGCUUUGCCCGUUCCUCCUGAUGUGGUGGAGGAAGAGUUGAGGCAGCAGAUCAAAGAGGAGAUGCAGAGGAGUCUGGAGGAGGAGAUCAGCCAGAAGAGGCAGGAGCUGCAGCGACAGCUGGAGGAGAUGAGGGCUCGAGCUCAAGCAGAGGCCAAAGCAGCAGCUGAGGCACAGGUGGAGGAGCAGGUGAAGAAGACGCUGGAGGUGGAGAAGGCGGCGUACAUGGAGAACCUGACAGACUCUAUUAUGAAAGAGCGAACGAAGACAGAAGAUGAGAGGCUCAUGGUGCAGUUUUAUUGGAUGGAGAUGAAGGCUCAUCAACUGGAGGAAAGGGAGAAAGAUUUGAAGAAACGAGAAGCUCUCUACAAGGAACAUGUCGCAAAACUUGAAGCAAAGUGUACCGAGUUUUACAAAGUGACUACUGAGAGCUUCCAGAAGGGCAAAGAGGAGACUCACAACCGUUUUGCGCGUUUUGAUAUCCAGCCAGUGUGUGGCGACUUGCAGAGUCAGAUUUUAAAAUGCUACAAGGAGAACACAGGAAAAACUCUGUCCUGCUCGAGUAUUGCCUCGGCCUACAUGCAGUGUGUGGACAACGCCCAGAAGAAUAAGUUGAGCACUCGAGGUUAAUAUGGACCACUUGAUGAGGACGACGACAUCUGAUAGCAAAGAAAAGUUGAUGGAUAGAAUUCAACAAACAAGAUGAGUUACAGGAGAAACAACUCCAGCCUUUACAUGCAUCUGGAAGAAGUGCCAUGUACCCCCAGACUUGACUUGUCUGAUGUACCAGGCCAGUGGUCUGGUCUGGUAUUCGCGUCACAAACAUUAGCAGUGCUUGGUCUUUAGCUUGGCUGCCAUGUUUGCAACCUCUCUGGUUCUUGGGAUCAUCUUUAAAACCAAUUGUCCCACUACAAUAACAGAUGGAUCAUAUAAUUUUAAGUGCUUGUCUUUGUAAAUGAGGUAAAACACAACAAAGGAGCAGAAGAUUUAAGUGGUUUUCAUUUUGACAGCAGUGUGAAUUCAAUUCAGUAUUUGUAUGAGAUACUGUGUGUGCCUUGAAGUUUUGAAAGCUAAUUAUCAAACGGCAGAUGCAUGGAUUGGAUGCAAGAAUUGUUUGAGCGUGAGUGUGAAGUAACAAAGACCUGUACAUGAUUUCGGUUAUUGUACUGUACAUAGGUUAAUUCUGAUGCAUGCAAAAAAAUUAAAUCAGUCUCAAUAAA